AUGCCGUCGAAAGUUUGCCAAUUAGUUUUACAUAGUACUACUAUCCGUUUAAGUUUGAAACAUCACAAGGACAUACAAGAUCCCAGUAAGAAAAAUCAACAAAAACCUCCCUCCAAUAACGGCCAGAAGUCGAAGACAAUUGAAACUCACGAGAAAAAUGAUAAAAAUGUUAAACUCAUCGAAAUAAUAAUUCCAUCUUCUGAAAACGAUAACAAUAAUCUCGAUUUGAAUGAAUUAAAUUCAAAUAAUCUGAAACCAACUAAAGAAGAGGCCGCGAUAAGGGCCAACAACAAAGUCAACAAAGAGAAACUAUAUCGUUUAUCUGAAAAUCGUUCUUCUCAGCGUAAACGCAGGAGCUACCGACGCAAGGAUAAACGUGUGACACACGAUAAGCUAGCCAAUGCCAAUGAAUGCAGUAGUAAGUUCUUGCGCAGACGUAAAGACUCCACAAUACGCAGUUCGGUGCGCAGUAAACUAGCCCAAAAGAAUGCUCAAAUGAAUGAACUCUACGAUCGGGAGUACGCUCUCACCAAAGAACUUACCAAUAAAUGUAAACUAUAUAAAUUACAAAAUGAACUCUAUACCGCCACCGAUAAAGAUUUGGAAAUGUCAGUGGGACAAAUUCAAGAAAAUAUUGAGGCAUAUGCCCGAGAAAUUAUACGCACCGAACAUGAACUUCUGGAGGUGAAGAAAGAAAUCAAACAGGAUAUAUCCAUAAUAAAUAAUUUGAAGCGUCUGACACUGGAAACCGAUCCAAAUGAGUGUGGUGUUCCCGUUGACAUUGAAAAGUUGUUAAAACCCGAAUCGUCAGCACUGCCCGCUCCCAUUACCGUUCAAGAGCCCAACAGUAAUGAACAAAUGUUAUUUGUUGAUAAUAUUUAUGAAUUUUGUGACAAUAACGCCAGUAUGUUGGUCUAAACCAAUUACAC